UGAAGAGGAAACGCAGCACAGUAGAAGUGUUAUUGCCCGUGAGUGACAGAUAUGGAACUGCUACGGCUCAGCGUCUUCGUCUUACUCAUACAGGUUUCGCUGGCGGUGUGGCAGCGUCUGACUGUGAAGAAAGGUCAGACAGUUGAUUUAAAAUGUCCAAUCACCGAUGCUGACCAGACCAAUGUGGACUGGAAGAAUCCUGAAGGAUAUAUUAUGUUCUUCAAGCACAGUAAAGUGUCCCCAGGUGUAAGGGACAAGCGCUACAGCAUCAACAAACUGUCUCAGUCGGAAUUCAACGUCCGUAUCUCCGAUGUCACCUUUAAAGAUGGCGGCAACUACACAUGCUCUCAGUACGGCGAUCACAUAACAGAGAAGAUAGUGGAGGUGACGGUGUUAGGUCAUCCCAAAAUAACAAGAACAAAACAUGACGGAAGAUUUGACAUAAAAUGCUCUGCCGAGGGGAACAGCUAUCCUCCCCUGAUCUUCUGGAAAUUCAAUCAUGGGCCUGAAAUUCUUGCUCAUUACCAAGUCCUACAUGAAGAUAAAAAAUAUGUGUCAAUGGCUAUUUUACGUGUCCAAUCAGUGGAGAGCAGAGUCACUGUGAAAUGCCUAGUUCGCCACCCAGCUCUGCACUCACAACCUCUGAUGAACUUUGUCAAAAUUGGACAAGAAUCAGCAAAGUCCCUCCGCACUACCACGACCAGUUCACCUACAGCUCGACCUUCAGGCUCAACAGAGGGGCCGAGAACAACCACCAGCUGGUUCAGACCUGGGAAAACAACAGUGUACCUCGCAACCACAGAUGUGAACGGGCAUUCCUCAGAGAGCUCUAUAAAGUUCUCAGCUGUUCCCUCCAAUCAGCUGUUUUCCUCCAACAAGCCAAAGACGGUUACGGCACCCACUGGAUUUCCUCUGAACACUGUUACAACCCCAGACGCACGUCUCGCCACCAGUGAUAAUUCAACAACCUCUGUAUUAUUAGACUCAACCAGCAGCAGGAAUGUCACCAUCAGCAAUGCAACAAGCUCAACAGGCUGGACAUCUGUCUCUGCAACUACAGAGAUCACAUCCUAUAACAGUACGGAGGGAAACAGAACAGGGAGCUUUGAUGACCCGAAGAUGCGGACAGGAAGUGGAGGAGGUUCAUCUUUACUGGUCUUCCUGGUGACAUGCCUGAUCUGCGGCCUUCUGGUGGUGGUCACUUUCUUUGCCAUCAAGCUGAGGAGAGCGCACAUCGCCUGGAAGAGAGUUUUUAUUGUUACAGAGAAUGAAGACUCUGAUCCAUCUGAAGAGAGCAGUAAAUCAAAAUCAAGCCAGGAAGACAAGAACUCCCAAGGACAAAGGCGAAGAGGGAUCUUCAACACGGCAUUCACACAGUACGUUGUUGAAGAACCACCAGUGAUAACCUCAGUGGUAAACACAGCAGCGAUGGCAGCGACAGAGAGUGCAAAUGAAGAGCAGACUUCUCAACGUCAAACCCCGGAAACAACUUUUGCUAAAUGUGACAUAAAGGAGACAGAGCUAUAGCAAUCUGUAAAAUAUAGAAUUUAUAAUGUCAGCAAUAUCAUGUGCACUGUUAUCGUAAGCUUUUUAGCUUUUUUACUGUACUUGUAACAAAAAGAGUGUAUGUUUACAAAGAAAACAAUAUGGUAACACAAUGCUUGUAACUGUAGUACUGUACAAAUACUGUGUAUAUAUAUAUUUUUUUACAUGUACCAAUAAAUUAUAUUUUGCUAGAACAUAA